AUGAUGCGAUCAGAAACAAAACUGCCGACAGUUGAUCGCAUUGUCACAAGUGUACCUUCUCCUCCGAGCAAAUUAAUGCCUUCAAGUACGGUGUUCGAUUCUAAGGGUCGUCCUCAAUUAGAUAUAAUUGGACCACAUUUAAUUUCUGAGGGACGACUGACAGAAGAAGCAAUACUAAGAAUUAUUAAUGAUUGUUCAGCCAUCUUAAAAUCAGAAAAAACUAUGCUUGAAUUAGAAGCUCCAAUAACAAUUUGUGGUGAUAUACAUGGUCAAUUUUACGAUCUAAUGAAACUUUUCGAAGUUGGCGGUCCACCUGAAACAACACGUUAUCUCUUUCUUGGAGAUUAUGUUGACAGAGGUUAUUUUAGCUUAGAGUGUGUAAUCUACUUGUUUAGUUUGAAAAUUCUACAUCCACGCAGUCUGUUUCUUCUACGUGGUAAUCAUGAAUGUCGUCAUUUAACACAAUAUUUUACAUUCCGACAAGAGUGUAUCAUGAAGAGUACGGAACAGGUUUAUGAAGCUUGUAUGGAAGCAUUUGAUCUUUUACCAUUAGCUGCAUUGAUCAAUCAACAAUUUUUAUGUGUACAUGGUGGACUAUCACCUGAAUUGCAUACAUUGAAUGAUAUACGUAAGUUGGAUCGAUUUAAAGAACCACCGGCAUUUGGUGCAAUGUGUGAUUUAUUAUGGGCUGAUCCAUGUGAAGAUUUUGGUCAAGAAAGAAAUUCAGAACAUUUCAGUCAUAAUACAGUCCGUGGAUGCUCAUAUUUCUACAGCUUUAAUGCAUGUUGUCAUUUUUUACAAGCUAAUAAUUUACUGUCUAUUAUACGAGCCCAUGAAGCACAAGAUGCCGGUUAUCGAAUGUACAGAAAAAGUCGACAAACUGGAUUUCCUGCUUUAAUUACUAUUUUCUCAGCACCCAAUUAUUUAGAUGUGUAUAAUAAUAAAGCCGCUAUAUUAAAAUAUGAAAAUAAUGUAAUGAAUAUACGUCAGUUUAACUGUUCACCACAUCCAUAUUGGUUGCCGAAUUUCAUGGAUGUAUUUACUUGGUCAUUACCAUUUGUUGGUGAAAAAGUUACCGAAAUGUUAGUCAAUGUACUUAACAUAUGUUCAGAUGAUGAACUACUGUCGGAUACACCAGAAGAUGAAUCACAAAUCACAGCACGUAAAGAUGUUAUCAGGAAUAAAAUUCGAGCAAUUGGUAAAAUGGCCCGUGUAUUCACUGUAUUAAGAGAAGAGAGUGAAACUAUACUUGAACUCAAAGGACUUACUCCAACUGGUAUGCUUCCAUUAGGAGCAUUAGCCGGUGGUCGAGAAGCUAUCAAAGCUGUUUCUGGAACAUGGACACCGCAUAAAAUUCAAUGUUUUGAAGAAGCGAAAGCAUUUGACAAAGUCAAUGAACGAAUGCCACCACAUUUAGAUAUGAAUUCUAAGCGAUGUUGGCCAUAUUCUUCCACAACAUCAAUUAAUACAAAUGAUGAACUAGAAAAUAAAUUGUCUGAUUCACAUAUUAUCAUUAAUCGUGAGCCACUUGUAAACGAUGAUAAUGAUUCUCUACUUACACCCAGCUCACAAAAACCAAUGCCAAAACCACCAUCGAUUUGUGAAGAACACUCAUCAGAUGACGAUAAUGUUGGUGAUGAUGAUACUGAAGCCAAAAAUGAUAGGAGAAAGCUCAAACAACAAAUCAAUACUGCUAAUGAUCUCAGAUCAACAAAAUUAACUGAUCAACUUGAUAUAACCAACACAUCAAGUGAUGCCUACCAGUCGACUAGUUCUGCUGAUUCAACAAAAUCAAAUAAAAAUGAUUUAACCAAUACUACUAAAACUCCUAGUACUACUACUCCUACUAUUAGUAGUAGUAGUAGUUCAACAUUACAAAAUAAAACAAUUAUAAGGACAAUAACACCUAAUAAAUCAAAAAAGGACAACCUAUAAUCAUCAAUCCGUAGGAACAUUCAAUCUAUCCACGUCCACUAUGACUUAAUCUGAAAAUUUAUAUUUUACAACUAACUAACCAACUAAUCAAACAGAUAUAUAAUCUAUAAAUAUACGUAUAUUUAGAUAUUAU